AUGCACUGUCUGCAAGGAUUCACAUGUCUUAAUUUUCAGCUGGAAAAAGGUGUAGAUGGCUUGUUUAAUAGCUUUGCACGAUUGGAUUCCCGUAUAUCUAGUGUUGGACAAACUGCUGCCAAAAUUGGAGAUCAUCUGCAGAGUGCAGAUGCCCAACGAGAAACUGCUAGCCAAUCGAUUGAUCUCAUAAAGUACUUGAUGGAGUUCAAUAGUAGUCCGGGCGACUUGAUGGAACUUUCACCUCUCUUUUCUGAUGACAGUCGUGUUGGAGAGGCUGCUUCAAUUGCCCAGAAAUUGCGGUCAUUUGCUGAGGAAGAUGUUGGAAGACAAGGAAUGACUGUAUCUUCAGUUGUGGGCAAUGCAACUGCAAGCAGAGGACUAGAAGUUGCAGUUGCUAACCUACAAGAAUAUUGCAAUGAAUUGGAGAACAGAUUGCUGACUCGAUUUGACGCAGCAUCGCAAAGAAGGGAAUUGUCUACCAUGGCAGAGUGCGCUAAAAUUUUGUCUCAGUUCAACAGGGGUACCAGUGCUAUGCAACAUUAUGUUGGAUUACGUCCAAUGUUUGACCCGGAGAUCAUGAUUGCAGACACAAGAUUAGUUCUUGGUGACCAGGGUUCCCAACCUAGUCCUAGCAAUGUUGCACGUGGACUUGCUUCGUUGUACAAAGAAAUUACUGACACAGUGCGAAAAGAAGCAGCCACUAUAACUGCUGUUUUUCCUUCUCCAAAUGAUGUAAUGUCGAUUUUAGUUCAGCGAAUUUUGGAGGAUAGAAUUCCAAAACUCCUCGAGAAGCUGUUGGUGAAACCAUCUCUUGUGAAUCCACCACCUAUGGAAGAAGGCGGACUUCUCUUGUACCUUAGAAUGCUAGCAGUGGCAUAUGAGAAGACACAAGAACUUUCUCGAGACCUACGUGGUGUGGGGUGUGGUGACUUGGAUGUUGAAGGCCUAACCGAGUCUCUCUUUCUUCCACACAAAGACAUAUAUAUUGAGUAUGAGCAGGCCUCUCUAAGACAACUCUAUAAAGCGAAGAUGGAGGAAUUGCGUGCUGAAAGUCAGCAGUCAUCUGAGUCAACAGGGACAAUUGGACGCACUAAAGGAGCUUCAAUAACAUCUUCCCACCAGCAGAUAUCUGUGACUGUGGUGACCGAGUUUGUGCGUUGGAAUGAAGAAGCAAUUUCUAGAUGCACUUUGUUUUCGUUGCAGCCUGCUACCCUGGCAGCUAAUGUAAAAGCCGUGUUCACCUGUCUUCUUGACCAAGUCAGUCUAUACAUCACUGAUGGGCUUGAACGAUCCAGAGACAGUCUGACUGAAGCUGCAGCUUUGAGAGAGAGAUUUGUGCUGGGCACAAGUGUUAGUCGAAGAGUUGCUGCUGCUGCAGCUUCUGCGGCAGAAGCUGCUGCUGCUGCUGGUGAAAGCAGUUUCAGAUCUUUUAUGGUGGCUGUACAACGAUGUGCAAGCAGUGUGGCCAUUGUUCAGCAAUACUUUGCAAAUUCUAUUUCCCGGCUUUUACUACCUGUGGAUGGUGCUCACGCCGCUUCAUGUGAAGAAAUGGCAACAGCUAUGUCCAGUGCAGAGGGUGCUGCUUACAAAGGCCUUCAGCAAUGCAUUGAAACGGUUAUGGCUGAGGUUGAGCGAUUGCUCUCGGCUGAACAAAAAACAACUGAUUAUCGCUCACCCGAUGAUGGCAUCGCUCCUGAUCAUCGACCAACCAAUGCCUGCACAAGGGUCGUGGCAUACCUCUCCCGUGUGCUUGAGGCUGCAUUCACUGCACUAGAUGGUCUUAACAAACAAGCCUUCUUGACUGAAUUGGGGAACCGUUUGCAGAAAGGGCUGCUUAAUCAUUGGCAGAAGUUUACUUUUAAUCCCAGUGGAGGGUUGCGGCUGAAGCGUGACAUAACUGAGUAUGGGGAAUUCGUGCGCAGUUUCAAUGCUCCUUCUGUCGAUGAGAAAUUUGAAUUGUUGGGCAUCAUGGCAAAUGUUUUUAUCGUUGCUCCUGAAAGCCUGUCCACUCUGUUCGAAGGUACCCCUAGCAUUCGGAAAGAUGCACAAAGGUUUAUUCAGCUUAGAGAGGACUUCAAGAGUGCGAAACUUGCAGCGAGACUUAGCUCAUUGUGGCCGAGCUCUAGUUAA